UCAUUCGGAAAGUCAAAAAAAAUGCAGUAACAUCAGUAAAAUGCUACCACCUGGAAAAUAUGGAAAUACUACGAUGGAUAUUUAAUAGUUUAAGUCCCGAAUGCCAAAAUUGUCGCAACGAACUGUUAUCCAAGUGCAAAUGCAAAUUCUGCAAAAAAUGUGUGAGCACUGAGAAGGCUAAAUGCGUCGUGUGUUUAUCAAUUUACCAUCUGAAAUGUGUUUUGAAAGUUCCCGGAUUGGUUGUAGUCGGCGACAAAAAUCUGGUAGUGUGUUGUGAAACUCCAGACACGUUAUCAGGUUUGCCCAAAAAUUAUGGUUUGAAGGUGGACUCGCAAAACGGAAUUAAAAUUCUGCCAACAAAAGAAGGUUUGAAUAUAGAACUGGCCGUGCAGUUGGAUCAGACGGAUACAAACCAGUUAAUAAAAAAACAAGAAUCACGAUUAAAGUUUACUGGAGUGGACAGCGAAUCGAAAGUGUCUUUAGUGAAAAAGUCGAAAAGGAAAAAGAAAGGAUUGGGCAAGUCUGCAUCGCAAAUGAGUUAUCUAAGUGGAAAUCAGUCGCAGAUGUCGAUAAUUUCUGAAAGAGAAAUUUUUAAGAAACCGAAAACGAAACCGUCUCUGAAGUCUAUGAACCAGAAAGCAUCCAAAAUGAACAAGCCUCAUAUGACGGAAGAAGAAAGUCAAACAUUCAGCACUCUAUCUAAAAGAAGAAAGAACAGGAAGUAAUAUUUUCUCGUACAAAUAAAUAACGAAUUCCGCAUUGUAAUC